AUGAGGGAGGAGGCUUGGGGACUUUUUGAUUCUGCUGUUGUUUUGUCUCAGAUUAGAGGUGCAUGGAUAUGGGACCAUAUCCGUGAGAGGAGGGACAAGGUUGAAUGGCACAAAUUGAUUUGGUUUCCUGCUCAUGUCCCAAAAUUUUCCAUUGUGGCUUGGAUGGUGAUUCUGGAUAGGUUUCCUACAAAGGAUAGGUUAGCCAGAUUUGGAAUUCAGGUUGAUCAUAUCUGUGGUUUGUGUGGAGUUGAGCUGGAAUCUCGAAAUCACUUGUUUUUAGAAUGUUCUUUCGCCCGAGAAGUUUGGGAUGUAAUCUUGCAGACUUGUGGUCUUCAUAACCAGCCGAUUCUUUGCUGGGAUGAUUCUUUGCACUGGCUGGCCUUGAAUUUGAGGGGUAAAUCCCUUCUUGUUUGUAUCCUAAAGCUUGCUUGGACUGGUUUUGUCUAUUUUCUUUGGGAGGAACGUAAUCAUAGGUUGUUUAGAGGUGUUAAUCGUUCGGUUGAUGCAAUUGUUCAUAAAAUUAGAGAUUCUAUAAGAAUUAAAUUGUAUAGAUGCAGUAUGAACUUAAUUGAUGAUGUAAAUAGGAGGCUAUGUCUAGAUUGGGAUUUGUCUUAG